AUGUCGAUCCCUGGUGCGGAAGACCAAAUCGACCCAGCCACCUUUGAGCAGAUUCUCGAGAUGGACGAGGAUGAGGUCGAGCGCGAGUUCAGCAAAAGCAUCGUCUACGACUUCUUUGGCCAGGCCGACCAGACCUUCAAGAAGAUGGACAAGGAGCUCGAGAAGAAGGAAGGCAAAUACCUCAAGGAGCUUAGCGAGCUAGGUCACUUCCUCAAGGGCUCGUCCGCCACGCUCGGCCUCACCAAAGUCAAGGACUCGUGCGAGAAGAUCCAACACUACGGUCAGCUCAAGGACGACGCAGGCUUAAAGGACAUCACCGAGGAGAAGGCGCAGGAGAACCUGGCCAAGAUUAUCAAGCAGGCCAAGACAGAGUUCACCGACGUCAAGGAGAUUCUGAAGAAGUUCUACCAAGACGAAGGCGACGAGGAGGAGGAGGAAGAAGAGCCGCCCGCGAAGGCAAAGGCCUAG